AUUUACAACACACUUGCAAGAGCUUGAACUUCUAGAGAGAGAGAGAGAGAGAGAGAAUGGGGCAAGAAGAUGAAACAACACGAAAAGGUCCAUGGACGGAACACGAAGAUUUCCAGUUGGUAUUUUAUGUUCAUAUGUUCGGAGAUCGCCGUUGGGACUUCAUUGCCAAAGUUUCAGGUUUGAAAAGAACUGGAAAAAGUUGCAGGCUGAGAUGGGUUAAUUAUCUAAAUCCUGGUCUGAAAAGAGGGAAGCUAUCUCCCCAUGAAGAGCGACUUGUUCUUGAACUUCAUUCUAAAUUUGGCAACAGGUGGUCUAAGAUUGCACGCAAAUUACCAGGACGGACAGAUAAUGAGAUCAAGAACUAUUGGAGAACUCAUUUGAGGAAAAUAGCUCAAGAAAAGAAAAGGUCGACGACAUCAUCUUCGUCUUCGUCUCUCUCGCAGUGCUCUUCCUCAUCAUCAAGAUGUACUACCGUCGCUUCCAUGCCGGUGAUUGAGACGAAAGAAAGAAGCUUUUACGACACUGGGGGAGUUGAUCAAAAGCUAACCAACAUGAAAGGGAAAAACAAUAACCAUUUCAAGAGUGGUACUACUAGGGUUAGCGAUUCAAGUGAUGGCUAUUACUGGAUGGAUGAUAUAUGGAAUGAUUUAGGGUUAUUAGAAGAUGAUAACAUGAAGCCGUUUUUUGACCCUUAUAGUGAAAUAGCACCUUCAUUAACAUGGGACAGUUGUCUGAGCACUUCAUGGACGAUGGACGGCCAAGAAGAGUUUGCUGAAAACAAUUUUCAUCUAACAAGCCAACACUUUAGUUCAGAACUAGUUGACUAGUUGUGUUAUUUGAUUAAUUGAUCUCGUGUUCAUAUUCUCAAUAAUCUACCUUUUCGGUAUUAGAUCAAGUUCAACUCUUUCUCUUAAACCUAAAAUGGUUGAACAUGAAAUAAAAUUUGCUCAAGGUGUGUGUUUUGUCA